UUGAUCGAAGUCUCUAUAAAAGUCCGUACUGAGGCGCCUCCCCUGACUCAAGCCGUGCCGUGCGUUUAGAAGAUAUAAAAUUCUAACAGGUUACCCGGUUGCUGAAACGAUGGUGGUUCUCUCUAAAGAGUAUGGCUACGUGGUGCUGACUGGCACGGCCAGCUUCGUCAUGGUGAUGCACCUGGCCAUGAAUGUGGGCAAAGCACGCAAGAAGUACAACGUGCCGUACCCCAAGAUGUACCUUGAGGAAAGUGAGAACAGCAACAUCUUCAACUGCAUUCAGCGAGCACACCAGAACACGCUGGAGGCCUAUGCACCUUUCCUGUUCUUUCUGACGAUUGGAGGAAUACAGCAUCCUCGAGUGGCUAGUUUUCUGGGGUUGACCUGGGUGAUUGGCAGAGAGGUGUAUGCCUACGGGUACUAUAGUGGAGAUCCCAAGAAGAGGAUGAGGGGUGGUUUCUCGUCGCUGGCUCUCUUGGGGCUCAUGGGGACGGCUCUGAGCUUUGCGAAAAAUCUCCUUGGCUGGCCGUCGUGUUGCCAUCACUGAGCCGCCAUUCUGUAGGUGGCAGAGCCCUGCGUGCGUGGAGAGGUGAUGGGUAAAGUUGUCUCAGAGCUGUCUGGUGUGGACAGACUUGUAACGAUGUGUAUGUUUAGUGCCUGGCUCUAGUGAAUUCUGUCUGGUUCAUCUGCCUGCUGUUUUUGUUGCAUUGUUUGGCACAUCUGCAGUGGAUUACCCUGAUCUAGUUGAGAUGGCUAGUACCGUACUGAAGCAGCCCACGGGAAGGUCGUCCUAUUUUUAAUACACCUCUCUAAUCCUGUACUGCUCAUGUGCAAAGCUAUGCCUGUCAGACAAAUGAACCAGAUUUAAAACACAAACUCAACAGACUGUAUGCAAAAGUCAAGCACCAAAUCCUCCAAGAUUUACACACUACAAAUGGAAUCCCUGAUCUCAAUUAUUUUACCCUUGACCACAAGUGUUUGAAUUCUUAAGCACCUGAAUUGGGAACGUUGAAACGUUCCAAUGUGAAGGGGGAACGUGCUGGGAGGGGGUUGAGUGGCAAUGCUAGUGGCGUUGGGGCUGAUUUUCUUGCUAGAGUUUUAUUGUGUUAAUCUAAUUUUAUAAAAUGAAACAUGUGCCUGUUUUAAUAAAGUGGCAUCCUUA